CGGCGGGGCGAACGAGCCAUGUCAGAGUUCCAGAUUUCGGUGGAAGAGCUCAACGACCUGCUGGCCAACGGCAGCGGCUGUUACAGCCUCCCUAGCGCGCACAGCAACGAGGUGGUGCCCCGCAUCCACGUGGGCAACGCGUUCAUAGCCAAAAAUGUCAUGCGGUUGCAACGCCUGGGGAUUACCCAUGUUUUGAAUGCAGCGGAAGGCAAGUCCUUUAUGCAUGUGAACACCAAUGCAGAGUUCUAUGAAGGGACAGGCAUCACUUAUCAUGGCAUCAAGGCCAAUGACACGCAGGAGUUCAACCUUAGCCGCUACUUUGAGGAAGCUGCUGACUUCAUUGAGAAAGCCUUAGCCCACAAAGAUGGCCGGGUGUUUGUCCACUGCCGUGAAGGCUACAGCCGCUCACCAACUCUGGUUAUCGCUUACCUCAUGCUCCGGCAGAACAUGGAUGUCAAGACUGCUGUAAGCACCGUCAGACAGAAACGGGAGAUUGGCCCCAAUGAUGGCUUCUUGAAGCAGCUCUGUCAGCUCAAUGAGAGAUUGGUGAAGGAGGGCAAGCUGAAGAAACUGUAGUGUUGGCCUCGCUCAGCCUCUUUUCGUGUCUGUUAGUUGCUUCUGGUUGCCAGCUCCAACUGCCGGACUGCGCAAGGGAGGCAGGUGAAUGGUUUUCUUUCUUCCACCAUGAGAAGAUGGGCCUGUCUUUAUUUUAUUUUUUUUAUGUAGGCACCAGAGUUGCUGCAAUAUUGAAACACUUGAAUGGUGGACUCGUAGCCCCAUUCAGCCAGGCA